GGCGGCGGCGCACGGCCCAGAAGGCGGAGACGUUGGGGCGGCAGCGACCGCGGAGGUGGGCACGGGCACCCCAAACUGCAGGCUUUGCCAUGAACUUGCCCGGGACAGCAGCGGCAGCGGUGGACGCGGUAGCUGUGUCCUCGCUACGUCCCACCUGCUAACGGGACAGAUUUUAACAUUAUGGCAGGGAGGCAUCAGAAUCGUAGUUUUCCCCUUCCGGGAGUUCAGUCGAGUGGUCAAGUACAUGCAUUUGGAAAUUGUACAGACAGUGAUAUGUUGGAGGAGGAUGCUGAAGUGUAUGAGCUUCGAUCCAGAGGAAAAGAGAAAGUCCGAAGAAGUACAUCAAGAGAUAGACUUGAUGACAUUAUAGUAUUAACAAAAGAUAUACAGGAAGGAGAUACUUUAAAUGCAGUAGCACUUCAGUAUUGUUGUACGGUAGCAGAUAUCAAGAGAGCUAACAAUCUCAUCAGUGAUCAAGACUUUUUUGCCCUCAGGUCUAUCAAAAUUCCAGUGAAAAAGUUUAGUUCAUUGACUGAAACACUUCAUCCUCCAAAAGGAAGACAGGCAUCACGUCCUUCAUCUGUUCAGUAUGCUCCAGAACAACAGGAAAUUCUACCAGCUAAUGAUUCUCUUUCUUCCAGUGAGUCCGCUGGUAGCUUUUUAAAAGUAGUAGACCGAGACAUAGAACAAAUAGUAAAGUGUACAGACACCAAGAGAGAGAACCUCAAUGAGGUAGUGUCUGCCUUAACAACACAACAAAUACGUUUUGAAUCUGAUAGCAAGAACAUUCAACGUAAGGAUCCCUAUUAUGGAGCAGACUGGGGAAUAGGGUGGUGGACAGCUGUAUUGAUAAUGUUGAUAGUAGGUAUAAUAACACCUGUGUUUUAUUUGCUGUAUUAUGAAAUUUUAGCCAAAGUGGAUGUUAGUCACCAUUCAACAGCGGACUCUUCACAUUUGCAUCCAGGAAUCACACCCCCAUCACAGCAGAGAGAAAUGGAAAAUGAAAUUGCUGCAACUAAAGGAAUACACUUUGGCCAACAAGAUGAUCAUAAACUAUAUAGUCAAGAUUCUCAGUCACCUGCUGCUCCGCACAAAACAUAGCAGUUACCUCAUAAUCACAAAGUUAGUGAUCACUUGUGCAUCUGGGAUGUGGUGGAUAAUAUUCAGGAACCCACUUUGAAGGCAGAAUUUAGGAAGACUGAAGAUGCUUUUUUUUUUUUUUUAACCUUUAAAAAAUUUUUUGAGCCAUGUACAAGUGGAUUGUGUAUAAAACCUCUACAGUUGUUAGUUGAUGUUGAGAGCAGUCAAUCCAUUCAUCUAUUGUAUCCAUGCUUAAAGCAGAAAUGAAUUUAAAUGUAUGUUUAGGAAGUUCUUUACUUGGAAGGUAUAUCAUUUUUGUUACUCAAAACUAGUAAUGUUUAAGUUUGAUUUUUUAAGUUAUUUUUGGUUUAAGGUUAUUAAUGUUAAUUUUAUGAAGCAAAAUAAUGAUCUCAUCAGAUGUCUGCAACUGAAGAAAAUUUACUACUGAAAACCACCAAAAUACUUAGUUGCAAAAAAGUUUGGUUCUAGAAUUAUGAUAGCAUAUGCUCAAUAUUCCAUUUUGAAACUUUUUAAAAACAUGUUUAGCAUGUGUGCUGUGAAAGCAUAAGUUGAAACAGAAAUGGGAACAUAAUGCAUAAUUUGCGUAAUAGAGGCUAAGAAAUAGUUUAAAUAUUUAAGCCCCCAAAGUAAUGUGUAUGGUUGGGAAGGUGCCAUUUGGCCACUAGAACACUGGAAUAGGUCAAGACCUAAAAGGAAUUUUUGUCUCUUAAAGAGUGCUUUCUUUAAAACAGACCCUUUAACCUCACCUCUGCUUCUGUUUUUACAAUGAUUAUAUUUGCCUCUGAUAUUUGAAAGCACUUUUGUGAUUCUUUGUUGAAAAAGUGUUAUACAUGUACAGAAUAGCAUUAUUUAGCAAAUAAUUCCUUACAUACUGUGAUAAAUCGUUGCUGUGUUACAUAUAGUAACAUGCCUUAAUUACAUUUAAUGCCUUAUAAUACUUUAUGUAAGUUAGUAUAAGUUUUAGAGUUAAACAUUAUUUCAGAUGGUCCAAUUUGAUUGAUUAUAUAGGCUAAAUUGGUCUCCACCGUCACUAUCAAACACAAGUUAAUGGACUCAAAACUUUGCUUCUGAGGUCUGUUGCAGAAAAUGCUUCAUUAAAUAAAAACAAUGUUAGAGGCCUUUUGCAUUAGAAAUUGCUUUAUUUAUUGAUCCCUUAAUCUCUGUUUUUCAAAGAGAAAACAUCCAACUUAGACAUUUCCCCCCCCCGAACUAUAGCAUCAAAUUGGAGGUCAAAGUUGUAUGGAUUGGUUGAAAGGGCUUGAUAGUGCUACUUUUAAGAUCUGCCAUGGAUUUAGCCACUGUCUGGCUAAAUAAACAUUUGCAUACUGAUUCCAUCGUUUAAUUUUUUGAAGUAUGUGUUUUUAAAAUGUAACCAAAAUGAUUCAAUAGAAAUGAGAUUUGCUGGAGUCUGGAUUGCCUGUUUCAUGUAUAAUAAAGUAUAUUUCUUAAGAUAUAUAAUACCACCUCAUU